GUCUACUUGGUUCUUUCUUCCACGACCGUAUCGAGUCAACUACUGUAAUAAGAUUUCCGAUGAACUCAGGGACUCGAAAUUGGGGUUACCGGGUCCGAGCCAUUUGGGAAACUAUCGAUUCUAUCUUCACCUUAUGCUCUUCUGUAUUCUUCGGAAAUGAGAAUGUAGUAGUCUCAUGGAGUUUCCAAUGGCGAGAAGCUUAAAGCUCUGUUUUCUAUUGGAGAAGAGCAAAACGCAUGAUUAUGAUACGGAGACACUUCUUUCGUCAUAUGAGAGAAGAGUAAACAGUUCUCGAGGUUUUAGAGAAUUUUUAUCACUUUCAGUAAUGUCUUUGAAGCACUCAAAGUCACUGAAAUUUCUGGAGAAGCUGAGGCAGCAGAUGUCUCAUGUCUAAAAAAGAUCCAAGAAACGCCGGUGAAGAGGCUGUGCAGAGUCCAUAACUCGAUCACGGUGAAUGGACAGUUUCCAGGGCCAACCUUGGAGGUGAGGAACGGCGAUUCCCUUGUCAUUACAGCCAUAAACAAAGCUCGGUACAACAUCAGCCUUCACUGGCAUGGGAUACGGCAGAUGAGGAAUCCAUGGGCGGAUGGACCAGAAUACAUAACCCAGUGCCCAAUCCAACCAGGAGGGAGUUACACCUACAGGUUUACCAUGGAAGACCAAGAAGGUACAUUGUGGUGGCAUGCCCACAGUAGAUGGCUGCGAGCCACCGUGUAUGGUGCUCUCAUUAUCCGCCCUCCGCUCUCUUCUCCUCAUUACCCUUUUCCAGUUAUUCCCAAGAGAGAGAUUACCCUCCUCUUAGGAGAGUGGUGGGACAGAAAUCCCAUGGAUGUCCUCAACUUAGCCCAGUUCACUGGAGCAGCACCAAACAUCUCAGACGCCUUUACCAUCAAUGGUCAGCCUGGUGAUCUCUACAGAUGCUCCAGCCAAGAAACUUUAAGAUUUCUAGUGGGGUCAGGAGAGAUAGUCCUCCUCAGGGUCAUCAACUCUGCUUUGAACCAAGAACUCUUCUUUGGUGUCGCGAAUCACAAACUCACAGUGGUUGCGGCGGAUGCCUCCUACACCAAACCAUUCUCGACCAAUGUCAUAAUGUUAGGUCCUGGUCAGACAACUGAUGUGCUUCUAACUGCAGACCAACCGCCAGCACACUACUACAUGGCAGCACAUGCCUACAACAGUGCCAAUGCUGCCUUUGACAACACCACAACCACCGCAAUCCUCAAGUACAAAGACGCCUCCUGUGUUACUCUUCAAGCUAAAUCACAGGCACGGGCAAUACCCGCACAACUACCAGGAUUCAACGACACAGCAACAGCAGCAGCCUUCACAGCGCAGAUGAAGAGUCCUUCGAAAGUAAAAGUGCCCCUGGAGAUUGAUGAGAACUUGUUUUUCACAGUGGGAUUGGGACUAUUCAACUGCCCAACCCCCAACACACAAAGGUGUCAAGGCCCUAACGGAACACGCUUCACCGCAAGCAUCAACAAUGUCUCUUUCGUCUUCCCCAAACAAAACUCCAUAAUGCAAGCCUAUUACCAAGGCACUCCCACAGGUGUUUUCACCACAGACUUCCCUCCAACGCCUCCUGUCACAUUUGACUAUACAGGAAACGUGAGCAGAGGGCUAUGGCAGCCUACUCGCGGAACAAAGGCCUACAAACUAAAGUUCAAUUCGCAAGUGCAGAUUAUAUUGCAAGACACGAGCAUCGUGACCACUGAGAAUCACCCAAUGCAUCUCCAUGGCUACGAGUUCUACGUAGUUGGGACAGGUGUUGGUAACUUCAACCCAAAUACAGACACAUCCUCCUUUAACCUCAUCGACCCACCACGAAGAAACACAAUCGGAACACCUCCAGGUGGAUGGGUAGCCAUCAGAUUCGUUGCCAAUAAUCCAGGAGCGUGGCUGAUGCACUGCCACAUUGACUCACAUAUAUUCUGGGGUUUAGCAAUGGUCUUCUUAGUAGAGAACGGAGAAGGACAUUUGCAGUCUGUACAGUCUCCACCAUUGGACUUACCCCAAUGUUAAGACUGUUAUCUACACACAUAUACACUUGUAUAUUCUCAAAUUUGUUUCACAAAACAUGUCAUUCAUUUUCAAUUACAAAAGAUAAACGUAUCAAGAUAUUUUAAGUCCAAAAGUAUUUUUCAAUUUUGCAUGCAAAAAAA